GGGAGCGCUGAAUGGCACAGACAAGGGGCUCCGGGUGUCUAUGAGCAGCAGCGCAGGAGGGCAUGGGGUUGGCGCUGCCAUGUUACAUAGUUAGGGCUCCAGCUCGCAGCCUGGGUUUGCGGUUCCGAAGCCGGCGGGCCGUAGCUCGGGCAAGCCAGUGGCAUCAAAGCAAAGGGUUAAUGUAUGGGAGGGGGUGGGGAUACGGCUGCCCCCACCCUCCCUUGUCUGGCUGCUGCUGCAAAAAGGCGCGAUCCUGUAGGAGGUACCUUUAAACCAGCAUGUUCCCCUCUCCCCAGGUGGAUUAAUUCAUUGGCACUUACACUUUUUCCCUUGGAUUCCUAUCAGCAACACCUUGCACUGUGUGGGACGUACAGCAACAAACUGGCGCUCGGAUCUUCAUUUCAAUUUUCCUUAACUUUAUUUUGACAUAAAAGGUAGAAAUUAUGUUCCAGCUUCCCGUUAAUAACCUUGGCAGUUUAAGAAAGGCCAGGAAGACUGUAAAGAAGAUAUUGGGGGACAUUGGUUUGGAAUACUGCAAAGAUCAUGUAGAUGAGUUCAAACAAUUUGAACCAAAUGACUUCUAUGUGAAGAACACCUCAUGGGAUGAUGUGGGACUGUGGGAUCCUUCACUCACUAAAAAUCAGGAUUACCGUACGAAGCAGUUCUGCUGCAGCCAAUGUCCAUUCUCUUCAAAGUUCUUCUCUGCCUACAAAAGUCACUUUCGAAAUGUUCACAAUGAAGACUUUGAAAACCGAAUCCUUUUGAACUGUCCCUACUGUACUUACAACGGUGACCGAAAGACCUUGGAAAUGCACAUCAAAGUAUUUCAUGCUCCAAAUGCACCUACGUCGAAUCCAAGCCUUGGUGCUUUCAAAGAUAAAAGCAAGUUUGAGAGCCUUAAACCCAAACCAACUGACAGUGUAGAGCAAGCUGUUUAUUAUUGUAAGAAGUGCACUUACAGAGAUCCUCUUUAUGAGGUAGUUAGAAAGCACAUAUACAGGGAACAUUUUCAACAUGUUGCAGCACCUUACGUGGCAAAGACAGGUGAGAAGUCGCUAAAUGGAGCAGUGCCCUUGGGGUCAAGUCAACGAGAUGAUGUGAGCAUUCAUUGCAAACGUUGUCUCUUUAUGCCGAAGAGCUAUGAAGCAUUGGUGCAACAUGUAAUUGAAGACCAUGAACGCGUAGGUUACCAGGUGACUGCCAUGAUUGGGCACACAAAUGUGGUAGUCCCUAGAUCUAAGCCAUUGAUGCUUAUAGCUCCAAAACCACAAGAUAAAAAAACAAUGGGCAUUCCUCAGAGAAUGGGUCCAAUGUCCCCUGGAAACAUCCGAACCCUUCCUUCCCAACAAAUGGUGAAUCGGCUAUCAAUACCAAAGCCUUCAAUGAAUUCUAACAUGAUGUCCAAUGUUCAUCUACAGCAAAAUAGCUAUGGAGUUAAAAAUUUGCCACCUGGUUACACUGUUGGGCAGUCAAUGCGCUUAGGUAUAAGUGGAAACUCACCAGUCUCUCUUCAGCAGCAGUCUUCCUCUAUGAAACAAUUGCUUCCCGGAGGAAAUGGAAGAUCGUAUACCCUUAGUUCUGAUCAAAGAUCACAGGCCCCAUUAAGGUACUCCCUUCCAUCUGGAAAUUCAGGUCUCUCACCGGGCCAAAUGAAGCCUGCAUCAAUAACUCCAGCUCAUGCAGCAUCGCGAGCGCUAGCUCAAGCCAGUUCAAAGCCAGCCACAUCGGCGGCCGCUGCUGCUGCAGCUGCUGCUGCAAAUUCCAACUCUUCCACACAGAAGUGGAAAAUCUGUACAAUCUGCAACGAGUUAUUCCCUGAAAAUGUGUACAGUGUACAUUUUGAAAAAGAGCACAAGGCAGAAAAGGUGCCUGCCGUUGCCAACUACAUUAUGAAAAUCCACAAUUUCACUAGCAAAUGUCUAUACUGUAACCGUUACUUGCCCACGGAUACUCUGCUCAAUCACAUGCUCAUCCAUGGCCUCUCAUGUCCCUACUGUCGUUCUACCUUUAAUGACGUGGAAAAAAUGGCUGCUCACAUGAGAAUGGUUCACGCUAAUGAAGAAAUGGCGCCCAAAACAGAUUCCACUCUGACCUUUGAUUUGACUUUACAACAAGGCAGCCAUACUAAUAUACAUUUACUUGUAACCACUUACAACCUUAGGGAUGCUCCGGCAGAGUCUGUAGCAUAUCACGCGCAGAAUCCAAAUGUGUCUUCUGUUCCUCAAAAGACUACACCAAAAACAGUUGAGAAACAGCCCGAGCAGCCAGCACCCAUCAAAAAUACUCCACAGACUGCUGUUCCCUACAAAAAAGAUGUAGGAAAGACCCUUUGCCCUCUUUGCUUUUCUAUCUUGAAAGGUCCCAUAUCGGAUGCACUUGCACACCAUUUGAGAGAGAGGCAUCAAGUCAUUCAGACAGUUCACCCUGUUGAGAAGAAGUUAACCUAUAAAUGCAUUCACUGUCUUGGUGUUUACACCAGUAAUAUGACUGCCUCAACCAUUACGUUGCACCUUGUGCAUUGCCGAGGUGUAGGGAAGACACAGAAUGGCCAAGACAAAUCUGGUCCUCCACCAAAAAUUAAUCCAGGUCCUAUACUCACAAUGAAACGUGCCAAUGAUUAUGUGGAGAUGGCUCUUGCAAAGAGGAGGAGAAUGGACGAUGAUCCAGAUGCACCUGUUAUUUUAGAUGACAAACCUGAAGAACCAGUGGUCUUGGCAUUGGAUCCAAAGGGACAUGAAGACGACUCGUAUGAAGCACGAAAAGCAUUCCUUACAAAAUAUUUCAGCAAGAGUCCAUACCCCAGCCGGCGAGAGAUAGAAAAGCUAGCAGCCAGCUUAUGGUUAUGGAAGAACGACAUUGCUUCCCAUUUCAGCAACAAAAGGAAAAAAUGUGUUAGAGACUGUGAAAGAUACAAAGUCAGUGUCUUACUUGGAUUUAACAUGAAUGAGCUCAAUAAAGUAAAACACGAUAUGGCGUUUGGCGCUGAAUGGAUGUUCAAGAAUAUAGAUGACACACAAGCCAAUGCUAGUAAAACCGUAGACAAGAAAAAAUUAAACGAAUCCAGUUCAUCUGAUAGCUUCAACAAUGAAGAUGACUCCAAUGAAAGCAGCGGUGAGCCAACCCCAGAAAAAAACGUGCCCACAAAACCUCUGUUAGACAACCAAGAGUCAAGCAUUUCAAUGUCCCCUCUAGAAGUAGUAGAAAAGACUGAGUUAAAGGACGAGGAUGUAAAGGUUAAAGACAACGACGUGUCUGAAACACCAAAAGAGAUCAUUUUAGACAACUCAGAUAGUGAAGGUGAUCGAGAGCAGCCUUCCACAUGGAAGGACGAGGCCUCGCAACCUGCUAGUGAUACUGGCUCUCAGCAGGGAUCCGAUGUAGAAGACACUACUCCAGAGACAAAGCCAGACAUUUGGGUUAAUGAUUCCAACCACAGUGAAGAUGAUGCUGCAAGUGCAACAGACCCCUCCAACAAUGACGCUCCCGUUGUGGAAAUCAAACAGGAGAAGUCAAAAUGGAAAACUAACUCUUUUGAAAAAGUUGAGGAGUUUUGGUCCAAAGACAAGCCUACGUCAUAUCCAAAUUCAACCGCAAAUGACGAAAGCUUCCUGAACCAGCCAAUGGAAUGGCCAAAUAGCACAAAUAACAGUGAAGACGGGGAACAGUUUGAUAUGACUGUUACAGACACAAUGCGCAGCACUCUACCAGGUGUAGGACUCAGUAGUCAAGAAGUAUAAGUGAACUUUUUAGGCACCACUGCUGUGUAUACCCCUCCCCAGUAACUGUUUAAAUAUGUUUUCAUUACCAGGCGGCUAUGCCUAACUUUUGAACUCUUACAGCCUAUAUGUGGUAGGCCUCCUCUGCAGUGGGAAUCACCACUGGUAUUCCACAAUUUCUUUGCAGACAGCUAUUUGUUAACCUUGCUUGUAAUCCCCGCUGUGUUGGGCACAUCAAACCAUGAAACUAAAGGAAGAAGAAACUUUUGACGACAAUAGAACGCACUCUGGAGAUCUUGAAUUGCGUUUCUCUUUCAUGUCCUGUUCCAAUGUAUGUCCAUGUAACCGCCGGCAAAGUGUUGCGUAGCGAUAUUUUGCCAGUCCUUCAUUGAGCAAAACUUAUAUAAAAACAUCCUUCUACUCCCCCACAAUAGACUUUAGCGUAAGAUGCAGUCUGCCCGCUCGAUGUGUAUAGCAGAUUCCGGGAAUACGUGGAUGUUUUCCCUCGUAUUCAUUCUGAAUAGCUAAAAUGUAUAUUUGUACAGUCUUUUAGACCUAUUCAAAGUGAGGCUUAUGACAUUGUUAUUGUGUAUCCGAUUAUAGAAUUUUUUUUUUAAGUGACGGCCUGCUGUGUAAUAAACUCUGUACUUAGUUUACCUAGCAAGGGGCUUGAAACUGCUAUAGUAAAAGCUUAGAAAAAAUAAAUAAAAAAAAGUACAUUUUGACAAAGUUCGUUUUUUGCAUAUAACGUACACCCUGGCAAGGAACUGUGUCCAGUCAUACAAAUUACCGGACUGUUGUACUAAAUACUUUGAACAUCCUCGAUAUCGAGACGAGGCGGCAAACCGUUGUUUCGAUAUGGCUGAAAUCUUUCAAGCUAUUUAAGUUAAAUGCAAGAAGCAAGUUUGCAGCUCUUCAUAUUUUUGACACCUUUUAAGACUGUAUAGUAUGUAUUGUGUUUCAGAGUAACCUACAGAACACAAUGCCGUAUUUUGGAUAUUUAGUUUUCUUAGUUAACGCCCACAUAGUGUUGAUCAUUUUACACCAUCUAAUAUUCGACACACGGUUGUUAGUAGUAAUACGUGAUCUUUAUUUUCCCUUUGUAUUCAUUUAAGCAUCUAAAUAAAAUGCUGUAUUGUGCUCAA